CAAUACCAUUAUUUUCGCAGUGUUUAUAUGAUUUCCAUAUCAGUCGCUAGGGGACCCUGCCCUCACUGUGUGAUGCCUGGGAUGUGCUGGUACUGCGUCUGUGAGCGCAGUUGGGCAGCAGUCGUCGCCACUGUGCGUCGUCGCUGAAGAUGUUGCAGCAGCAGCAGCCACUGACAGGCAACGGGGCCUCUAAUGGCCGGGGACUCGGCAUGAGCGGCCACCCGGGGAUGCAUGCGCUCAAUACGGUCCACCAGCCCUCCCAGCACCGGUCCGACGGAGGGGACCCCGCGGGCCUGGAGGGCUCCGAAAACGGACACGAAAGCCGCAGAGACAUUGGGGACAUACUGCAACAAAUAAUGACCAUCACUGACCAAAGUUUGGACGAAGCGCAAGCAAAGAAACAUGCACUCAACUGUCACCGGAUGAAACCUGCAUUGUUCAGCGUUUUGUGCGAGAUUAAAGAAAAAACUGGUCUGUCGAUGAGAAACGCACAAGAGGAGGAGCCACAAGAUCCUCAGCUAGUGCGCUUGGACAACAUGUUGUUGGCAGAGGGCGUAGCUGGCCCAGAAAAGGGUGGAGGAGCAGCUGCUGCUGUGUCUGCAGCCACCAGCUCUGGAGGGAUGUCCCCUGACAGCUCUCUUGAGCACUCCGACUACAAAAGCAAGUUGAGCCAGAUUCGCAGUAUCUACCACACUGAGCUGGAGAAGUAUGAGCAGGCGUGCACUGAAUUUACCACCCACGUGAUGAAUCUGCUGAGGGAACAGUCGCGCACACGGCCUGUGACACCACGGGAGAUCGAGCGCAUGGUGGCCAUCAUCCACCGCAAGUUCAGCUCCAUCCAGACUCAGCUGAAACAGAGCACCUGUGAGGCCGUCAUGAUCCUCAGGUCUCGCUUCCUGGACGCCAGACGUAAGAGGCGUAACUUCAGUAAACAGGCCACAGAGGUCCUGAAUGAGUAUUUCUACUCCCACCUGUCCAACCCUUACCCUAGUGAAGAAGCCAAAGAGGAACUCGCCAAACAGUGUGGAAUAACCAUCUCUCAGGUGUCAAACUGGUUUGGCAAUAAAAGAAUCCGCUACAAGAAAAACAUUAGCAAAUUCCAGGAGGAGGCCAAUCUCUACGCCAUGAAGACGGCUCUGGGGGCCAGACAAGGCGACGAUUCUCCGCACACUCCCAACUCCACAGGGUCCGGGUCCUUCUCCCUCUCUGGCUCAGCUGACAUGUUCCUUGGUGUUCCACCUGUGAAUGGAGAACACUCCGCCUAUCAAAUGGGUGUGCAGGCAAAUGGCAACUGGCAGAGUCGAAACUCGCCCACGCCUGGCACCCCGCCCCACAGUGACCACUCCGACAACUCUGACUGAUGGCCCCGUCCUCUGACACCAAAUGACAGCGACAACAGAAGCAAAAGACAAAAAGAAUGCUAAUGACACUACCCACUCGGCUGCAGUCGAUUUUGUUUUUGUUUUUUGUAUCUUCCGUUCGGUUUUAAGACCUUGAUUUUGUCUCUCGUUCUCUUAUCGGUUCUUUUCCCCCACAUAGCCUGGGAUCAUUAUUCUGUUUUUGUAAAAAAGCAGCCAAGUGCACAGAUGGCAGCGUGAAGAUACCUGUAUGUGUGUUGUGUGCAUGCAAGUGUGAUUUUAUUAUCACGGCUCCAGGGGGCUAAUUGUUUUUCUUCACUACUUUUUAACAUGUUACAAAGGUGUUUGUGGUCGAGGGGCGGGUGGGUUUUCAAUAUCGUUUUUAGCACACUAUAUCUUUAUUAUUAUUAUUAUUAUUAUUAAUAUUGCUGUUUUUAUUAUUAGUCCUACAACUGUUUUCUUUAAACUUCUCAGAAGGAGAGAAUGCAUUCAGUGAAUGAGUGGCCAAUAGAGAAAAAUCCAAAGAUUUUGUGCGUUUGUUUCUCUGGUUUUUGUUUGUUUGUUUGUUUGUUUGUGUCCGUUCAGUUUUUCUAUCAGGUGUGUGUGUGUGAAAGGAGUGUGACUGAGUCCACAUUAAUGGUUUGAAUGACUAUAUCAACAGUGCUGUCUUUUUUCUGUACAGUGAAACACCUGUAUUCUCUCUACCUCUUUUACAAUAAAGACUGUGUAUUCACUACCAGCUCAUGGUUGUCCUGACAGUCCCCUCUGUACCUGGUACUCUAAAGGAUUGGGACAAAGUUUGGUCCUCUUCCAGGAGCCCACUGUUAGAACUUAUCUCCAAAUCUUAAAGGUUUUGAUGGCCUCCUUAAUGCUCUUUCUCUUUAGUUUCUGAUCUAAAUCAUCUCCAUGUACUUGUGGUUGGUUUCUUUCCAAAUGUCUCCAUCUGAAUUACCUUUUAAUUAACUUAAGCUAUUUACACCUGCAUGGUUAAUGGAAGUGCAAGCUUUCUAAAUGCAGCAUGUGUGUUUCAAAAUGUUGAUGUUUUAAAAACCUCAGUCUAAGUUGUAAAUGUUAAACUCUUGAGUUGUUUCAGUUCUCCUGUUAUUAACACCAAUUGUAUACUUGAAACUAAAGCUGCAGGAGAGAAUGAUUUAUUUUAAAGUUGUCGUCGAAUCAUUUGAACUUUUGGUAAGAAAUAUAAAAAUGGGUGUGGUACAAAUUAAAUAUUUCUAUGCUUUAUUAUGUAGAUCAUUUUUGGUUUUCUUUUUUUUUUCCAACCUUGGGGUCGGAAUUCCUUCAGGGUCGCCUGAAAUGACUAGUAAUAGUCUAGUAAAUGUCUAUUAAAGAUUAUUGAUA